AUGGCGUUGAUCCAGAACUUCAACCAUUCCGCAAACGUUCGUCACACCAUUGCGUGGCAGAUGACAAGAGCCACGAUCGACGACAGUCUGGUGUUCGUCAGAUAUCUCGUCGAGCAAAAGGGCGUUGACGUCAACGGGGCCGACUACCAUGGCUUCGCUCCAGACGACGAGUCCCGGUAUUGGGCGGAGCACUUGAGAGUCCCCGUGAUCAUCGCGGCCACUCUCGAGCGAUUCGAUAUUGCCAUAUACCUUCUCGAGAAUGGAGCCCAAGUGAACGAGCGGACUCCAAGAACCAAUGACACGCUGCUGCACAAGGCAGCAGAGAAGGGCAAUCUUGCGUUUCUGAAUUAUGUUCUUCAGCUUCCCGGACUGGAGAUCGAUCCCUUGAACGCAAACAUGGAAACCCCAGUGAUGAGGGCCACGCGUGGCAACCACCUGAGCGCUGUCGAGACUCUUCUAGAACACGGUGCGAGUGAGCACAUCCCUCUCCCAAUCGCUGUUGAGAUGGGACGCACAGCAAUUGUCCGACUUCUGCUCAACCACGGAGCGGACCCCGAACAGCUCAGCCAAAGCGGACGGCCAGUCCUGUACGUUGCGGCAUCCAGAGGCAAUACAUCGGUCGUCGAGGCGCUGCUCGAGGCUGGUGCUCACGAAGACCCUGCAACGAGGGCUAAUUGUCCGGCAAUGACUGCUGCCGCCACCCAAGGUCAGCACGGCAUAAUCCAGCGGCUUCUAGCAAAGGGAUGGAGCCCUGACGGCGACGGUCUCGAUAGGGACCACCUCCCUCCACUGCAUACCGCUCUGCAGUUUGGAUAUUCAAUUGUUGCCACUAUCCUCUUGAAAAACGGUGCCGAUGUCAAUAUGCUUGAUGGCAAUGGCAUCCCGGUGGUAUUUUAUGCCGCCGAGUUCGGUAACGUCGAGAUUCUGACUCUUCUGCAGAGUCUUGGCGCCGACCUGAAUAUCAAUAUCAAUGGUGUCACUGCACAGCAAAGGGCCGCUGAGCGUGGCCGAAGAGAAGCAGUUCGUUUCUUCAGAAGAGUGGGCAUUCAAACACCAGAUGCGCACUAG